AUGUAUGUUUAUAACAAACAAAAUAUGUAUCUACAUACGAAUAAUAAAAUAAAUAAUUUCGAUAAUACAUAUAAUAAAUAUUUUAAAAAUAACUUGUUCAAAGAAAACCAGAUAAACGACUUGAAUAAAUUUAAGAGUAACCAAGCCAACGAUUUAUAUGAAAACGUUAUUAAUAUAAAUAAAAUAAAUAGUAAUUUAAUAAAUUAUAAAAUGGGCCAGAAAAAUGUAAAGAUUCAACAAAAUGGGAUGUAUGAUAUAAAGAACGAUAUAUAUAAUAAUAGAUAUAAUAAUAUGACAUAUCAUAAUACUAAUAUAAAACCAGCAAACUAUAAUUUGAAUAAUAUUAAAAUAUUAGAAGAAGAAGAAGAAUAUGAAAAGGAAAAGGAAAAGGGAAAGGCAAAUUAUUAUAUAAGCACAAAUCAUCCAUAUCAUAACAAAAAUUUAAAUAAUAAUAUUCCACCUGUUUUUAAAUAUGAUGAUAUAAUAAAUAAUAAUAAUAAUAAUAAUAAUAAUGAUAUUAUUAUUAAUAAUAAUAAUCCUUUCAAGGGAGAAUAUAAACACAAUCCUAAUCAUAUACAUUUUUUUAAUAAAAACAAUAAUAGUAAUGCGCCAUUUACGUAUAAUACAAAUAAUAAUGAUAAUAUAUAUAGUAAUAAUAACAAAUUUAAUCUUUUCCAUAAUUCGAAAAAUUCUUACCCAUGGUCAGAAAAGUAUAAUAUAAAAAAUAAUAAUGAAAAUGCAGAUUCAAAUAAAAAAUAUUUUAAUAACAUAAAUCAUUUUGCUUAUAGAAAUAAUUCAAAUAUAACCAAUAAUCACAUUAACCAUGAUGAUAUGAAUAAUCCAACUAUUAAUACAAAUGAGUUUAAUAAUAUGUAUCGUAAUCAUAAUUUUACAAAGACACAAGAUAUGAAAAAUAAACAGGAUUACUUAGGAAAUAAUACUCAUCAUUUUAACAGCACAAAUAACAAUUCUUAUAAUAAAAACAUUGAUUUAUUAAAUAUGAAGAAGGACAAAAAUAAUGAUAUUGAUGACAUUAUCAAAAAAUAUACUUCUGAAAAGGAUAACACGGAUAAAAAUAAUAAUAAUAAUAAUAAUAAUAAUAAUAAUAAAUUUAAUUAUUUAUAUGCGAAUAAUGAUAUUUUGAAUGAUAUUUUAAGAAAUAGUAACAAUAAUAAUAAUAAUAAUUAUAAUAAUAAUAUAAAUAAAUUGAAUAAUAAUAAUAAUAAUUGUUAUAAUAAAACGAAAUUAUUAACAUACAACACAUCGUCCUUACGAAAUAAACAAAAAGAUGAUGAAGAAAAGAAAAGGGAAAAGAAGUUGAAUUUAUUAAAAAACAUCAUAGUUAAUAACCCAAAUAAAAAAUGUAAUAUAAGUUUUAAUGAUGAUUUUUAUGAUAGCCUAGCUCAAGACAAUUUUUAUGUAAAUACAAGUUCAAUAGUUGAUUAUAAUAUUGGUACCAUACCAAAUGAUGAUGUGUUUAAUAAGAAGAAUUAUAAAAAUAAUCAUAUUAAAGAUCACAUGAAUGAUCAUGAUAAAAAUAUGCACAAAACAAAAGAACACAAUAAUAUAUAUGAUAAAAAUAUUUAUGAAGAUAAUGAAAAAAAUGGAUAUGAUAAAAAUAAAAUGUAUAAUUUUUUAUAUGACGACCUUAAUACAAUAGAUAAAAUGAAUGAAACACCAUAUAUUAUGAAUAAACAUAAAUUUUAUAAUGAAAAUGUACCUAAUGAAGAAGAUAAUAAUAUGACCAUUGAGAAAAAUUAUGAUUAUUUUUCAUAUGAUAAAACAUAUAAAAAAAUGAACAACUUUAAUGAUAUCGAUUUUGUAAAAAAUAAAGAAAAAAACGGUAAUUUAUUAAAUAAUAAUAUAAAUAUGUAUGAUAAUGUCAAAAUAGGAUUAAAUCAAGGGGUAGACAUUUUUCGUACGCCCAUGAGAAAUUAUAAUGUUAAUAAUAAUUAUGAAGAAGAUUUUUAUCCAUAUAAAAAUAAUUCAAAUAUUUCUGUUAACAAAAAUGAAAAGCAAGUGUUUCAAUAUAACUCGUUCGAAAAUAGUAAUAAUAAUAAUAAUAAUAAUAAUAAUAAUAAUAAUAAUAAUGAUUGUAAAAAUGAGGCUCAUAAAUAUGAUAAACAUAUAUAUGACAAAUACAAUUUUAACAACCUUGGGUACAAGACUAAUGAUAAAGGACAUGAUCAUUAUGAUGAAAAUUUAAGCAAAAUGUCACCUUUUCAUAAAUUCAAUGAUAAUAAUAAUAAUAAUAAUAAUAAUAAUAAUAAUAAUAAUAAUAAUUAUAAUAAUAAUAAUAAUAAUUAUAAUAAUAAUAAUAAUAAUUAUAAUAAUAAUAAUAAUUAUAAUUAUAAUAAUAAUUAUAUAAAUGAAAAUAAUUUAAAACAUUUUGAACAAAAUAAAAUAGGAGCUAAUAACGGAAGAAAUUCUUUCUUAAAAAAUUCAAAUUUUUUGUUUGAUGAUAUGGAUAAAUACAAAAAUGAUCAAUAUGAUAAGAUUAAUAAAAAUUAUCAUAGUGUAGUAGAAAGAAAAAGUUAUUUAUAUAAAAAUAAUAUUCCCAUAAAUAAUACAUUGAAAAAAAAUGAUCAAAAUGAAUUACUUUAUUUAGAUAAUCCAAAUGAAAUAAAUAUUUUUAGAAAUACAGAUAAAGGUAAUGAUCACUUCACACAGGAUACUUUUUUAAAGAAACAUACAAAUAUUAUAGAAAUGAAUAAGAUAUUGAAUAAAUACAAUAAUGAUGAUAAAUUAAAUACUCUCGACAAUUAUGAUAAUAAUAUAUUUUAUAUGAACAAAAUAAAAAACACAAACAAUAAUAAUAAUAAUAAUAAUAAUGAUAAUAAUGAUAAUAUAUAUAACAAUAAUUAUAAUAAUAAUUAUAAUAAUAAUUUUUAUAUGAGAAGCGAAAAAUCACCGCAUUGUAAUAAUCAAGAUGAUAUAUAUAAUUAUAGAGAUAUAUUUAAUAAAAACAAAUGGGAUUUUUUAAAAAACGAUGACAUGUUAUUAAAUAAUAAUAUGACUAGUCUAAAUAAUAUGGAGAAGAAUAAAUGUGUAAAUAAUACUAUAAAUAAAUACACACCAUAUAUAAACAACAACAAUAAUGAUAAUAAUAAUAAUAAUAAUAAUAAUAAUAAUAUGAAUUCAAAUAUAUUUAAUAUACAUAAUGAUAAAAAUAACAUGGUUCCAUAUUCAGAUGACAAAGAUAAAGACAAAAUUAACAAAAUUUUUAAAAAUAAUUAUGAUGAAAAUAUUGAUGAUAUUAAGUUAAGUAACAUAUGUUUUAAUAAUAAAAAGGAAAAUGACAUAUACAAUGUUAUAAAAAAUUAUAAUUCUCCUAUGCAUAUAUCUACUAAUAUGAAUAAUGCACAUAAUACCGUUUUAAAAAAGAAAAAUUUUUUUAAUCUUGAAAAUAAUAAUGUACCCCCCAUAGAUCAUAUAACAUACAACCAUAAUAAUUUAUAUAAUAAUAUACAUAAUAAUGUACAUAAUAACAAAAGCGAGACAUUGAAUUUGUUUGGAAGAACAAAUAACAAAAGUGAUAUACUAAAUAACAAUACAAAUAAUAGUUAUAUUUACAAUAAUAACAUACUUUACAAAGGAAAAAAUAAUGAUGAUAUGGAAUAUAAAGAAACAGAUGAUAUAUAUAUAAAGGAUAAUAAUAUUUCACAAAAAUAUUAUCCAAAUAAAAUAAAUAUAUUUCAUAAAGAUGAUGAAUAUGAAAAAUUACAAGAUAAUGUUACAAAACUAAAAAAGGAUUAUUCAAAUAUUAACGUUCAUGAUGAUGAAUAUCUAAAAAAUAUGAAUACAAAAUAUAAUUUACACAAACAAAAUAUAUUUAAUAAUAAUGAAAUGGAUUUAUUAGAAAAAAAAAAUACAAACAUAUAUUUUCCUAAUUGUAAUAUUUUUAACAAUUUUAAUAAACAAGAAAAUGAUAUAAAAAACAAAAAUUUAUAUUCAUAUCAUGAUAUUAAUAAUAAAAACAAAGAACGAUUUGAAUAUAUAAAAUAUGGACAUAAUCAUAUUCAUCAACAUGCUAAUAAUAAGAACUUUCCUUUGACACAUUUUAAUGAUGAUGAUCAAAAUAAAAAUUACAAUAUCUUUUUAAACACACCAACAAAAGGUAAUAUAAAUGAUAUCGGUUAUAAUAAACAUAUUUCUAAUAAUAAUUAUAAUCAUUUCAAAAAUGUACACAAAAAGGGUGAUACACAAAAUAAUCAUAAUAAUCAUAAUAAUAAUAAUAAUAGUAAUAAUUUUUUUACCAAUAAUCAUCAAGGAAAUAAUAAAGCUCUCCCUCCUUUACCAUUCAAAACAAAUAACAAAUAUAAUGGUUCACAAAAUAAUUCACAUCUUACUAAACUUAAAUUUUUCGAACAUAAUGAUAAAACCCACAAAAAUGAUUCCAUACAAGAAACGAAUCAAAUGAUUAAUGGAGGAGGAAAUAAUAUAUAUAGUAACACUAAUAUUUCGAAUAUUAACAUGUUGAAUAAUAUGAAUGAAAAUAAUCAUUCGCUUUAUAUAAAUGAAAUUGUUAAUAUAAAAAAGGAUGAACAUAAUAACACAAAUUUAUUGGUAAUGAACCACCACAACAACAACAACAACAAUAAUAAUAAUAAUAAUAUGGUCAUGAUGAUGAGUUGUAAUGAUACAAGUAACCCACAAAAAAUGAAAUUAAAUAAUUUUCCUUUUAGCCAUAAUAUUAGAAAUAAAAAUAUUCUUUAUAACGAAGAUAAAGAUCAAGAGUUAUUUUUAGUAGAAAACAAAAAAAAAAGGGAUGCCGAAAAUUAUAUGUUCAAUGAAACAUAUAACGCGCUAAAAAACACAAAUAAUGAUAAUAUAUUUCAUAAUAAUAAGAGGAAAAAAGAUUGUAUAGAAAGCACCUUAACAAAUUUGUAUACUAAUAAUUGUGAUGUGCCCCCAGGUAAGGAUGGCACAAAAUUAAUAAAGAGAAAUAUAAAUGAUGGGAACUAUAUGAAUGAUGAUUUUUAUAAGGAUAAUAUAUUUAAUAAAAAGGGUAACAUGAAUAAUGUGAAUAAUGUGAAUAAUGUGAAUAAUAUGAAUAAUGUGAAUAAUGUGAAUAAUAUGAAUAAUAUGAAUAAUAUGAAUAAUAUAAAUAAUACACAUAAUAUCCACAAUAUACACAAUAUGAACCUCCCAAAGGAUAAAGAAAUAUCGCUAAGUAAUAACAUUUCUAUGCUCCUCGAUCGUAUAAGCGAUAAUUCAGAUAUAAAGAAAAAUCCAUUCGACAAUGGACAAGAUAAUUAUAAUGAUCAUUAUAAUAACAACACAGCUUAUGAGAACUCAUGUAAUUAUGUUAAUACAAUAAAUUAUAAUGAUAAUUUAAAUAUGGAUACAAAUAGUUUUGUUAUUUCAGAUAAUUAUAUUUGCCAAUUUGGUUUGUCCUCAUUAUAUAAAUGCAAAUUAAAGAAUGAAAAUAAUUCUUUCCUUAUAAAUGUAAUCGAUUCAUUUUACUUAAAUCAUAUUAAUGGAAAUGAUAUUGUAGCAAAUAAUAUUUUAUUUCAUAAAAGAUUGAGACAUAUUAAUAUAUUAUCAUAUAAAGGAAAAACAGCAGAUAAAAGUAAAUUAUAUUUAUUAUUCCAAAAUAUUCAUGGAAGUAUUUUAAAAACAUAUUCAACCCCCUUAGAGGAAACAGUCAUAGCUUGUUAUGCAUAUCAAAUUAUUGAUUUGUUGGAAUACAUGCACACCAAUUUUAUAAUAUUCCAGGGCCUCCUUUCUAAUAUCAUUUUACUACAAAAAAAUACAAAAGAAGAACUAGUACAAAUUCUAAACCAGCAAAACAAAAACGUCAAUAAAUAUUUUCAUAUAUAUAAACACGGAAUUAUAAAAGUGUUUAAUUUUGAUUUCGCAAAUAUGGACGCAAAUGAAAAGGAUUAUGAAUUGGACUUUCUGUGUUUAGCAGUUUUAAUAUAUGAAAUGUGUACUAAAUACAAUUCUUAUUAUUCUAACAAAUUUGAAGAUAUUGUUCAAAAAAUACACAAUACAAAUUUCUUUUUCCCCCACUUUGUGUCGUACGAAUUAAAGAAUUUCUGUUAUGAGUUGUGUUCUAAGAAGAGACAUUGCUUUAGCGAACUUAAAAAUCAUCCGUGGUUCCAAAAAAACCUUAAUUUUUAA